AUGGCUCCCGAGCCGACUGCCGACCAGCCCGAGAAGAAGAAGGUCAACUUGGCCGACGUCUCGGGCGCUGAACGCAAGGAUGACGAUGCCACAGCUACCGCUAUUCUCAAGAAGAAGAAGAAGCCCAACCAGUUGAUGGUGACCGAUGCCGUCAACGAUGACAAUUCGAUUAUCGCCCUCUCAAAUAACACUAUGGAGGAACUCCAGCUCUUCCGUGGAGACACAGUAUUGGUUCGCGGCAAAAAGAGGAAGGAUACCGUCUUGAUUGUGCUCGCCGACGAUGAUCUCGAUGAUGGCAGCGCCCGCAUCAACCGUGUUGUCCGCCACAACCUGCGGGUGAAGCAUGGUGAUAUCAUCACGAUCCAUCCGUGCCCGGAUAUCAAAUAUGCUAAGCGUAUUGCGGUCCUUCCUAUCGCCGAUACCGUCGAGGGCAUUACCGGGUCCCUGUUCGAUGUUUUCCUCGCUCCUUACUUCCGCGAGGCCUACCGGCCCGUUCGACAAGGCGACCUCUUCAUAGUGCGUGGUGGUAUGCGGCAAGUCGAGUUCAAGGUCGUCGAGGUGGACCCGCCCGAGUACGGUAUCGUAGCUCAGGACACAGUCAUUCACUGCGAGGGCGAGCCGAUUCAGCGUGAUGAGGAGGAGAACAACCUCAACGAGGUCGGUUACGAUGAUAUCGGUGGCUGCCGCAAGCAGAUGGCCCAGAUCCGUGAGAUGGUCGAGCUGCCGCUUCGCCACCCUCAGCUCUUCAAGUCCAUCGGUAUCAAGCCCCCUCGUGGUGUGCUGCUCUAUGGUCCCCCCGGUACCGGUAAGACGCUGAUGGCUCGUGCCGUUGCCAACGAGACGGGUGCCUUCUUCUUCUUGAUCAACGGUCCCGAGAUCAUGUCCAAGAUGGCCGGUGAGUCCGAGUCGAACCUGCGGAAGGCUUUCGAGGAAGCCGAAAAGAACUCGCCUGCCAUCAUCUUCAUCGACGAGAUCGACUCGAUUGCCCCCAAACGUGAGAAGACGAACGGCGAAGUCGAGCGCCGCGUGGUGUCUCAGCUCCUCACCCUCAUGGAUGGCAUGAAGGCGCGGUCCAACGUGGUUGUCAUGGCCGCGACUAACCGCCCCAACUCGAUCGACCCCGCUCUCCGUCGUUUCGGCCGUUUCGAUCGUGAGGUCGACAUUGGUAUUCCGGACCCAACCGGCCGUCUUGAGAUUCUGCAGAUCCACACCAAGAACAUGAAGUUGGGUGACGAUGUCGAUCUUGAGCAGAUCGCUGCUGAGACCCACGGUUACGUCGGUUCCGAUGUUGCUGCGCUCUGCUCGGAGGCCGCCAUGCAGCAAAUUCGUGAGAAGAUGGACCUCAUCGAUCUCGACGAAGACACCAUCGACGCCGAGGUUCUCGACUCCCUUGGUGUGACGAUGGAGAACUUCCGUUUUGCCCUUGGCGUGUCGAACCCGUCGGCUCUCCGCGAGGUUGCCGUUGUCGAAGUGCCCAACGUCCGCUGGGAAGACAUUGGUGGUCUGGAGACUGUCAAGCAGGAGCUCAAGGAGAGCGUCCAGUACCCUGUUGACCACCCGGAGAAGUUCCUCAAGUUCGGUCUCUCUCCCUCGCGCGGUGUCCUCUUCUACGGCCCGCCCGGUACGGGUAAGACAAUGUUGGCCAAAGCCGUCGCCAACGAGUGCGCGGCCAACUUCAUCUCCGUCAAGGGCCCCGAGCUGCUAUCCAUGUGGUUCGGUGAGUCGGAAAGCAACAUCCGCGACAUCUUCGACAAGGCCCGCGCUGCCGCCCCUUGUGUCGUCUUCCUCGACGAGUUGGAUUCCAUCGCCAAGGCUCGCGGUGGUUCUGUUGGCGAUGCCGGUGGUGCCUCUGACCGUGUCGUUAACCAGCUGCUGACCGAAAUGGACGGCAUGACCUCCAAGAAGAACGUCUUCGUCAUUGGUGCUACCAACAGGCCCGAGCAGCUCGAUCCCGCUCUGUGCCGUCCUGGGCGUCUUGACUCCCUAAUCUACGUGCCCCUUCCCGAUGAGCCUGGGCGUCUCGGUAUUCUCUCGGCCCAGCUGCGCAAGACCCCGGUUGCUGGCGAUGUCGAUCUCAACUACAUUGCGUCCAAGACACACGGCUUCUCCGGUGCCGAUUUGGGCUUUAUCACUCAGCGUGCGGUCAAGCUUGCCAUCAAGGAGUCUAUUUCCCUUGAUAUCCAGCGCGCCAAGGACCGCGAGGCGGCCGGUCAGGAGGACGUCGAGAUGGAGGACGAGGAGGACCCGGUUCCCGAGCUCACCAAGCGCCACUUCGAGGAGGCCAUGCAAAUGGCGCGCCGCUCAGUCAGUGAUGUCGAGAUCCGCCGCUACGAGGCGUUUGCUCAGCAAAUGAAGAACGCCGGCCCGGGUGCCUACUUCAAAUUCCCCGAAGGCGGUGUCGAGGGCGAGACCGGUGGCAGCGGCAACGGGUUUGGUGACGCGGGCAAUGAUGAGGACCUUUACUCGUAA